AUGGAACCGAUGGAACCAUUGCCUGCGAGCAUUGACCCGCCGUUUCAUUCCAAAAGCAAGGCUGGCGAGCCUCGAGUCCAUGUUGAUGAACUACCCGCCUUGUAUCGAACGCGCAGCGGAGGGACCCCCAAGACGAUAUCAACAUUACGACGUGCCAAUACCGUCGCACAAAGCGGCAAUAUAAUUAAGCGCAAUUUAGAACUGAAGAUUGCCCGAGAUCGGACAGUUACGACAGGCCUACGAGCCAAAGACAGCCAUGAAUUGAUACGAAAGACCCCGUUGCAACGAUCCCAAACACAUCGGGGCCCUUUAGAGGCGCGUCCGGCCCCGAGGAAAGCAGGUCAUUUUACGGUUGGCAGUGUCGGCCAGAAUGGGAAGAUCUUUCUCAGGCCGAUUGCGAAUCCCCAACAGAAACCCUCCCAGCCAGUCCCUUUCACCCCGAUCGAUUCAGUGACGAAUGAUCGUCUCCAGCCGCCCCAUCACGCACAUGUUCGAGAAGAUCCAUCGCGGUGGUCCAGUUCGCAGCUCUCCGAACUACGCCCGCGUGGAGAUGUACACGAGGACAAUAAGUCGGUCUUUACCGAAUACACCAAUCCCGAGGCAACUGGCCGCAUCCUCCAGAAAUCGACAUCUUUUUCGACAUUGUCGGAGCAACAAUCCGUGACAGGAGCAGGGAAACGUGGGGAGCUGCGCAUCGUCAUUGAUAGAUCUGAUGACCGGCCCAAAUCUGCAGAUGAAAAGACCCCCAACACCGCUUUGGGGGUUCCUGUGACCCAUCACCGACUGGGGUCGCCACAUUUUAACAGAGAGGGCAGUGCGGCACUGCAUAGUUCCGUCUAUACGCGAACCUCAAUGUCCGAUAAUUUUCGGAACUCAACCUGGUUGGGUAGCAUGGCGGACCCGCUACCGACUCAUCUAUCCGGUGCAUAUGGCAGAGAAUCAUUUUCACGCUAUCGGCCAUCCUUCGCGGUCUCUAUGUUCUCGGGGCCUGCGGCAAUUGAUCUUAGCCGGGCUUCUCCAGCGCCAAGGAACUCAAUGGUGUAUGAAUUGAAAGGACCGGUAGAGCCCUCAAUUUACGAAACAUUGGUGUCGGAUAUGGAUGGCGAAACCGUUGUGCGAUAUAUCCCCGGCACCAAAGAUAUCAGUGCUGCUACGCCUGCUCGUAUUAUUGCCCAGAUUUCUUCAGAAUCAUUCAUGGACUAUGAGCUAGUUUCAGACUUUUUUCUAACGUUCCGCUGCUAUCUCUCGCCUAGCCAUCUUCUUGCCUUGCUUCUUGCCCGCUUGGAAUGGGCUAUCAAUCGACCGCAGGAGGAUGGAAGGAUUAUUCGUAUCCGUACCUUUGCCGCUCUCCGUCACUGGAUCUUGAACUAUUUCAUCGAUGACUUCAUCACAAACUACGAUCUCCGGACUCACUUCUGCGAAACAAUCAAUGUUUUGUACCAAGAUGUCAAGUCUCGUGAGAAUGGCGGUAUGAGCGACUUGAAAAUUCUUCUUGAUUUGAAAAGAUGUUGGAAUGGCAAAUGCUCAGUCUACUGGACUGCUGCCGACUAUUCCCGUACCUAUAAUGACCCCGAUAGCCCCAUUGUGCCGGGUAGCGUUCAUAUCGAAAUGCCCAGUGGCGAUGCACCUCCACAGCAAGAUAUUUAUCCCCCAGGAGUGGUCUCUCAAACGGAGCCAAAACUUCUAGACAACACUGCCAUUUAUGUCCAGCAUGAUCGAAACCAUUCUGCUGCGACUGCUCAGAGCAUACCCCUUUCCACUACAAGCGAGCAAAGCAUGAUAGCACUCUCUUGUUCACUACCUCCCAAAUCUCCGAGACGGUUUUCCUUUUCCCACUCAAAGGGUAAAGGACCACGCCCCGUUCAAUUAGGUCUUGCAAAAACAACAUCUCAUCAUGACCAGCUACCAUCAUCACCCAUGAUCUCGCGCCAUCCAUUCCAAGGACAUGGCCACAAGCGAAGUGCAAGUUUCUCAGAUUCAGUGCGAAACGAUCAAGUCCUCAUGGUCGGUAUGGACGCAGGAUCAACAGGAACAGGACCCAAAGAAAUACUAGAUCCUGUCAGCUUCAUCAGAGGGGCACUUUACCCACCCGUGGAAUCCUACAUGGCUAUGAUGGCCCCGGAAUCACCUCCAUUGGCUCCCCCGUUGUCGAAUUCGAACCCAGACCGGAGAAGUACACCGGACGGAGGACCCAAAACAGGAGCAUCGAAUUCGGGAAUGAGGACCAUCAUUGGUUCAAUCAAACGUGCCCUCCACACAAGAAACGGCGGGCAAAGUGUUUCGGCACGAAUGACAAAUCCUUCAGAGACUAUUUCGUUGCCUAGCCGAGGAAAACUUCUGCGAUGCCAAAUAACAUCUCUCUGGGAUCUGAGUUCUACCGAGUCUCUCAAACAGUAUCGCUUGCUCAUGGACGCGGAUACUAUUCCAACAGAUCAAUCCCCUGCUGGUGCUCCUGGGCCUCAAAUUACGUUUCAGCAGUCCUCUCCAGACUUGGGUGAGUCUUCUACUCUUCACCUACCCAGAGCCGGGGGGUCGAACAUACAAAGCGGAAUUACUACUGGAAGUGGGUCGAUUGUCAUUGUUGAUGACACUGGAUUCGAAUUCCCUACGAUGUCGGGGGCCGUGCAGGGACAUGAUGUUUACAGUAAUGCCGGCCAGAAGGCUCAUUCAAUUCCCGACGCGAGUGUCAAUUCAGAAUCGGAGUCGAUUGCGAAGGAAGGAGAGUAUCUCCUUCCGGUAGUCUAUAACGGUGAAGGUUCCCCGGCUAUGGUCGAAGAUUCUUCUCUCCGUCGCCCUUCUGUCAUUUCAGCUCAACGAAGAUCCUACACGGAGCAUACAACACCGCCUACAAAAAGAGAAUCACUCUCUCUCCGUCUUCGGAAGUAUGCAUCCUUCCAAAGUGGGAUUUCUAAGCAUCGCCAAUCAAUGGGCAGCGAUGCAGGCAGAUCUAAUGAAAGCUCGAGCAUCGUGCAAGAAUCAUCCGAUAAACAGUUUGGCCCAUCACUUCGCAGAAGACCCGGCGGCAACUUGCGACAGAUGCAGUUUGUGGACGAUAUUGACCCAACUUCGGGACGUGGCUCAUUUAUUUCCAGCCAUUCUUAUGACAACUCUCUGGCAGAAACAACCACUACCACCACAGACGAGAUCGUGUCAAGACCACCAACUGCUCUUGUUCCGCCAAAUCCCCGUUAUUCUUUGGUUCAUGGUAAACCCAAUCGCAAUGUCCGGCGUUCGUUUGAGGCGGCCAUUGCCCGCUUUGCGGAAAUCCCUGACGAUGACGAUGGAGGCAUUGAAUCAACCUUACUCAAGCUCGAGGGCACGGGUGGACAUAAUCAUCGACAUCAUUUGCCCGUGGCGAGGGACGAAUUUGGAUGGGACACUGUUUCUCAAAGACGACAAACCGACAAAUCAGCAUAUUCUACCACCAAAGGUCGAUUAGCACCGCCUCGGCCCUACUCCGAUUCUGUAGCGGAUUCCGAAGAAUCAUAUAAUUCGAUUCCUCUUCUGGAAAGAGGGUUGUCCGACGAAUCGAUGAAGCGGCCUCCUACGAUUAGGACCGCCGGACGUGAUGUCCACGGCGCUCCUUUAAGUUUCAUAUCGAGUAGAGAUACCUCCGAACUUGCGUCUUCCCAUCCUUCAAUUCAGAUUAUUCAGAAGACAGAAAGUCUGCGGCGGAUUCCUCGCGGCGCGACAAACCCAGACUCGACUUAUCUCAAUGCCGGACAGGAGACACCGAGGCGCCUUUCGGCCCUGUCCUCUGAGCUAUCUGUCGAUAUGAUUGAUCCAUGUGAAGCCAUGCAGGGUCGUUCCUCAGCCGAUACGCGUAGCUUAACAGCGUCAACCUUGGAUAUUCCGCCUCAUCCAUUGGCACAUCCACCCUCGCCUCCCAUGACCAUCCAACACCCUGGCUCCUUCGGCUCCUGUACCUCGCCAAUGGACAAGGUACUUUUCCAGGCUCAACCCCUCACGCCAGACACCUCCCCUCGACGUCGGGAAGGCGAUACACCCACCCAGAUAUCCAGACAUGUUCCUCAGUUUUCUAGUGAUGUUCUCUCGAAUUCUGAGAGGAACCGCCCUGCUUUCAACUCGCUCAACCCUGGCCUGAGCAAUGUCCCUAGCCAUGUUCCUUUUGUACUUGCCUGCGAGUCCCAAGUCUUGGCCCAGCAGCUAACUCUGGUCGAGAUGGCGGCCCUAAGCGAAGUUGACUGGCGUGAUUUGGUUGAUAUGAGAUGGGGCAGUGGCUCGCCCUGCAUCCUCAGUUGGGUACAAUUCCUCGCCGCAGAAGAACGUAAGGGCAUUGAUUUAGUUGUUGGUCGCUUCAACCUUAUGGUGAAAUGGGUUGUAUCUGAAAUCGUUCUGACCGUUGACAUCCAUGAGCGGGCGCGGACGAUCAUCAAGUAUAUUCAUACCGCCGCUCAUGCCCGUCGCAUCUGCAAUUAUGCCACCAUGCUCCAGAUCGCCAUCGCUUUGGCUUCAUCCGACUGCUCUCGGUUAUCAAAGACCUGGGAAUUGGUUCCCCAGGAAGACAAACGCCUGUUCAAGGAUAUGGAGUGUCUGAUUCAGCCCGUUCGCAAUUUCCACGAUCUUCGAGUCGAGAUGGAGACAGCCAACCUCCAGGAAGGCUGUAUUCCUUUUAUCGGCUUGUAUGUACAUGAUCUUACCUAUAAUGCACAAAAGCCUGCUCAAGUCAACAGCAGCUCGCGCGGACUGCUGGUUAACUUUGAACGUUACCGGACUGCUGCCCGUAUCGUCAAGAGCUUACUUCGCUUGAUCGACGCCAGCACUAAGUACCGCUUUGAGCCCGUGCAAGGCAUCAUUGAGCGGUGUUUAUGGAUCGCUUCCUUGUCCGAGGAAGAAGUUCAAGCUCGCAGCAAGCGCCUUGAGUGA